AAUUGUUGAAUUUGGUUUGGUCUGGUUUAGCUAAACUAGCUGGAAAGUUUUAUCAUAUUUCCCCAACUUUUUUUUCCUUCUUGUUCUUGGAUCUGGUCUUCUCCGCCUGAUGUGAUCUCCUUCGUCUUUUCGCGUCUCUGGGAUUUAAUUAACAGUAGCUGCAGCAGUUUAUUCAAUUAGUCCAAUAUAGUACAUAGAUGGCAGAAAAGGCUUGUAUAAAACGUCUCCAAAAGGAAUAUAGAGCACUCUGCAAGGAACCAGUCUCCCAUGUUGUGGCUCGUCCUUCCCCAAAUGACAUUCUCGAGUGGCAUUAUGUGCUGGAAGGUAGUGAGGGAACACCUUUUGCAGGUGGAUAUUACUAUGGAAAGAUCAAGUUCCCUCCAGAGUAUCCUUACAAGCCACCCGGAAUCACAAUGACUACACCAAAUGGUCGAUUCAUGACACAAAAGAAAAUCUGUCUGUCUAUGAGUGAUUUUCAUCCAGAAAGCUGGAACCCAAUGUGGUCUGUGUCAAGGUAUAAAUCUUUUUUAACAUUUAGUAUAAUUGUUUUCAUAACCCAGUGUUCAUGUUUAUUUAUGAAAUCUAAAGUUCGAUAUACCUGUAGACUGUAUAGUAAACCAUUUAUUUUCCUUGAAUGCAGCAUACUUACAGGACUUCUCUCAUUUAUGAUGGAUACUAGUCCGACAACCGGAAGUGUGAACACUACCGUAGCUGAGAAGCAACGGUUGGCUAAGUCAUCUCUCGCUUUCAACUGUAAAACGCCAGCGUUCCGGAAGCUAUUUCCAGAGUAUGUAGAGAAGUACAACCAGGAGCAACUAGCUGAGCAAGCUGAAGCGCAGCAGACGGCAGCAGAGUCUCCUCUUCAAGAGAGCAAUACCAGAGCUGAGUCAGAGAAAGCAGUGGAGCUAAGAAAGGAGGACUCAGAGGGUGGCUUGAAGGAGAGGAGGAAGAACAAGAAACAAGGAUUACCGGCUUGGAUUAUACUAUUGCUUGUGUCGGUAUUUGGGGUUGUAAUGGCGUUGCCUUUGCUUCAACUGUGAUUUCUGUGCAACACAAAACAUAUAAUUGGACGACCCUUGAGAUAAAAAUAUCUCCCUUCAGUAUCAAGAGUAAUCGUGUCUUCUGUCUAGUGCCAUUCCUUACUGAAUUUAACUCGAUUAGCAGCUCAUGGUUUGUGCUUUUAUAAGCUGAUGACAUAAGCUUGGUUUCACAUGUUAUAUAUAUAUAUAUAGCUUUGUUUGAACUA